ACAGCUUGAGCUUCACAUGAUCUACAAGGCAGUAUUUCAGUGGCCUUUACGAGCCCUACCAACAACUUAUCAAAGACUCUGCGGUCGUGGUAUGGCUUCUGCUAAUAUAAUUCUCCCUGGCGUCCAACGCAACUAUGCACCACCCAAAAGACAACGCGAUGGAUAUUCUCAGUAUAAAUUCAAGAACAAAAGACAAAAGGGCAAGACAAGCAAUGGAGGAAGUACCCUUGGAGACCAUGAUGAGUCAAGAGCCGCUUGUGUCUGAGACCGAGCAUAACGCCAAGUCCCUGCCUGAGCUGAAAACAGAACUGUCAUUGACAGUACAGGUCAUUUCGUCGACAGGGGAUGGACUAGCGACUCGGGAGGAGGAUCCAGGACAUGUUUACGUGGUUCCGUUUACUGCACCAGGCGACAGAGUCAAAGCCAGAGUUUUCAGGCAUACCCCUAAUAACUACUCGAUGACGGACUUUCUGGAAGUCGAGUCACCUUCAGGAUACCGAGACGACUCGUUGAUCAAAUGUCAAUAUUUCGCUACUUGCGCUGGAUGUCAAUUUCAAAUGCUCCCCUACAGCUAUCAACUCGCGCACAAGCAGCGCAUAGUUCAAAAGGCUUACCAAAACUUCUCUAAUCUGUUGCCAGAGCUAGUUCCAAGUGUUGAUCUCACGAUGGGCUCUCCCCUGGAGUACGGGUAUCGUACCAAAUUAACGCCACAUUUUGAUGGUCCGCCGAAUGCAAGGAGGAGCGACGGCCGAAAGGGCCGGGUCGUUGAGUUCGAAGAAGUCCCAAACAUUGGCUUCAUGAAGAAAGGUACACGACAAACCAUCGAUAUUGAAGAUUGCCCCAUUGGCACCGAAGCAGUCCGCAAGGGUAUGGGCCGAGAAAGGAAGCGCGUGGCCGAGCAAAUCAAAAGCUACCGAAAGGGGGCCACGAUACUCCUACGAGAGACCACAGAGAGGCUACCAAAGGCAUCUCAAACCGGCAACACGGACUCCAAAGAGUCGAAUGACGACAACGAGACAGUCAUAGUUCUGGAGGAUCGUGGCGAACACGUACAUAAGAAGUCAUGUAUCAGCGACAACAAGGGCAAAUCAAAGGAGUACAUCGAUGACUUCGUAUUCGUCAAUCCGGCUGGAUCGUUCUUUCAAAACAACAACUCGAUCCUCUCUCCCUUCACGCAGUAUAUUCGCGAAGUGAUCAAGCCCCAAAAUGAUUCAGGAGCCCCGAUCACAUACUUGGUCGACGCUUACUCUGGCAGCGGCCUCUUUACCAUCACCCUAUCCUCGCUUUUCCAACGCUCUAUCGGCAUCGAUAUCUCUGCCGAAUCAAUCAAUUCUGCAAACACAAACGCCAAGCUCAACAACCUCCCAGAAUCUCAGGCAUCUUUCAUGGCUGCUGAUGCCGAACACUUAUUUGCAAAGCUAGACUUCCCUGCAUCUGAAACCGUAAUGAUGCUCGACCCUCCCAGGAGCGGAUGCAACAAGCCUUUCCUGCGCCAAUUACUCGAGUAUGGACCUCAGCGAGUCGUGUAUGUAAGUUGCAAUGUGCAUACACAAGCAAGGGACGUCGGCAUUCUCGUCGGUGGCAUGAAAGGCAUUGAUGCUGGUCUCGGAGAGGGCAAGGGCAUCUACGAGAUAGAAAGCUUGAAAGGAUUCGAUUUCUUCCCACAGACGGGCCACGUGGAAGGUGUUGCUGUAUUGAGGAAGAAAUAA